AUAUUAAUAUAUUAACGUUACUUUUAAUAUUUUAUUAUUAUGUUUAUUAUUAUAUUUAUUAUUAUGUAUUAUUUUUCAGGAUCUGUUAUCUCACGUGGCUCGACAAAAAUGACAAAAGUAGUCUGUGUCUCGCAUUUUCUCGGUGUAAUUUUGUAAAAUUCGUAAUGAAAUUUGUAUGCAUAAAUAUAAGCGAUAAGUUAGCCGUCUGCAUCGAUAGUAUCGAUAUUUCGAGAUCCGCCAUAUUGUCCUUCGAUAAUUUCAAAUUCGCGGUCAGUUACCGGACCGGAUGCAAAGAGCAAUUGAGCUGCUCCGUGUUCUCGCGCUCGUUAUCGCCGAAAGAUGGAUUUCGCGAGCGCAGAAUCGUCUUGGAAGUCUCACAAAGUGUUCAUUGUAAGUGUUUUGGUGACUAUUCUAUCUUCCUGCCCCGGAAAUUGAUGAAGGACUCUUCUUCGAACGUUUCACGACGCCAAUCUCCCGCCAAAGUACAACGAAAGCCCGUCGCGUCGUUGGGUAAGUGCGUAUUGUGGUUUUACAAGUAAUUGGGUUGUAAUAUUAUCUAAUUUGCAACCUCGUUACGAAAGAUAAUAAUUUUAUAUCUUCGAAAUGGAAUGAAAUUUUGCACUUGCAAACACGCGCGUGCGUGAAGUAAAUGUAUAAUUUUGUAAUAUAAUAUUAUUAUAUAAUCUGAUACACGAUGUGACGUGAGAUUUGUGAUAAAAACUGUUUCUCUUCGCAGAAAUUUUUUUUAUAAAUAGAAGAAAAAACUUUACAUACAUUAUCUCACGAAAAAAGGCAACACGUUAUUUUUAUAUAUUUUAAAAUUGAAGAUACAUCCUCCUGCAAUUAUUUUCAUAAAUCCUCAUAAAUUGUCAUUCUAUCUAAUUAAUCACGUCACUAAUAAUGAUUAUUGUUUUUUAAUCAAAUGAUCGAAAUCUAUUAGAUACGUCCAAGAAUAUACUCUCGCUCUCGGUUACCACGUCUCACGUAAUCGAUCUAUAUUUAGCAAAUAUUUCAAUAGAGCGCAUCUGAUGAGUUC